UUAAGGUAUUCAGUAUUCAAUAUUCACUAGUGUGGGCAUCGAAGAUCUCUGAUUCCAUAUACAUACAGACAGACAAUCGCCUUGAGCUAUUUGGUGGUGAGGUGUUAAUAACAAGCAAUUGACAUCGACGUACAAACUGACUGGAUGUUUGUAUACACAUUGUUUUCUUUUCAUUUUCCUUUAUAACACUAUUUGGUGUUAUUGUUGAUUUAACGGCAUUCAUUACUCGGAUAAUUAAAUUUGAUAUUUCUUUAGUUGAUUUCUUUCAACGUUAUGUUAAGGUGUUUUGUGAUUGUUGUUGUUUUUCUAUGCAGAAAGACAGAGACUUUUUCGCGUACUUGCGAUGGUUCCACAAACUCCAGAUUUAGCGAGGGCAAUAUCGGCGAAGUGGGUUACUUCCCCUGGCUUGGGGUACUCAGAGUGCAUUUACAUGACGGUGACGUAACGAAAAUAGCACUGACGGGUUUAAUAUACAUAAAGGAGAAAUAUAGUAUCGCAAAUGCAGAUGACAUAACCAGAAUACCAAAACACAUAUUUGAAUCAGACAGCCAAGCAAUGUUUAUACCGUCGGAUCAGAAGCCAUGGUUCUGCAAGGUGAAGGAAUACAUGGCGCAUCCAGAAUACGAGUUCGCGACUAUAAACACCAUCGCGAUUGUAGAACUGCUGCCCAACGAGGAUGAGUAUUUUCCCAUGACACCAAUAUGCGUCCCUGGUUCUUCGUUUAAUGCGUCUAAUCAACUUUACGCGAUCGGGUUUACAGACGAAAAUCAACUACUAGAGAAAAUGAUUUACAAACUCCAGUACAUAGAGCAAGGAUUAUGCGACGAGUUUUAUAACAGAGCGGGGUUGUCGGAAGGCAAAAUUGUACCAACAUCGUACCAAUGCGGUUUUGCUGUUAACAACAAGGACAAUUGUGUCUGGGAGAAUGGAAUGGUGAUUACAUCCAACUCUACCGGCAAAUGGACACUGCUCGGUCUCAGCGUGAAGGGUCCUGGAUGCGCAGCGCCGGCCCGCUUCAUCGACGUGACCGCUUACAUCCCAUGGCUGGAAUCCGCCACCUCGCUCGACGAUAUGUACUACCCAGACUACGGCAGGAGAUCUUUAACAGAAGAAAGGGACGGGAUAGUAGAUAUCCCAGCCCACGCGCUGUUCAGAAGUGGAAACACCUCGAUAUCUGGUCGUCCAAUGCUGACAGAGCCGUAUCAGUUCGACGUCGAUGCGUUCGCCUAUCUCAACGUGGAAAGAAUUGACAAAGACGCCAUUGUUGUUGCUAGAUUUGACACAAUGUAUGAGAGGAAGAAGGGGGAUUGUUCGCAAUACAAAAUGCUGGUGUAUCGUGAACUGACGAAGGUCGUCGCGCCCGGACUGCGAGGGACUGCUUCUUAUAAGUUAACGCUCUACGACAUGUGGGUUAUGAACUACACUUGCAUAAAAAUGAGGAUACAUUCACAAAAUCGUACGAACGCGUAUCUUUACUACAAAAAAACCAUAAACAUGUACCAAGGCACUGCUUUUGGCACAUUUGGGGACACACCAGAAGACAUACUCAAAGUUCGGCCCAUAGACAAACUAGAAUACGCAGUAAAGUCGACCAACGUGACGUCACCGCCAGUGUGGAAACCAGGAUCAAGAAUGGAAGAGAAGUUCAUAACAGACGAAUCGAAGAUUCUUGGAAUACCCAACAUUAAUUUGUGGGUACAAUGUAUUUUUACGGACGAAGCUGUGAUCAUUUUCGAAAUUUACGGCAAACCAUAUCGAAGCAACGAUACAUUUGUUAGUACCACAAGAGGUCCUCGGAAAAGUAAAAAGAAGCGUAUACGUACGAAGAAAGUUAAAGUAAAUAAAACUACAGUAGAUGGGGAGCCAGCAGUGGCUGGAAGGACUCUAUUACGUUAUAGUAAGGUGAUGCCUUUAGUACGAAGUUCAGCGGAGCGCGUUGAAGCGACGAUUGGUACAAUGUUAGUUCUGAAAUAUUUAAUAAAAUAACAGACCUGUGUUUCGCUGGGUUUACCUCCUCUAAUAUUGAAAAUGUUUAGGUGCAUGGCAAAGUAACUCCAAUACAUAUUAAAGGCUCGUUUCACAACUUCUUAAUAAAAGCUAUUCAUCUCAUUAAGGUAUAAGCCGACCAAUUAUAAAAGUAACACUUUAAUCUCUUAUCCCAAUCAGAUGGCGAUAAAAUGAGUACCUACUAUAAUUUACAUUAGAUGUUGUCUAAUAAAAUUUCCUUGAAGCAUGAAACAGGCCCUAAGUAAAAUA